UGUUGUUUUCUCUUUUCAGCAAAGGAUCCCAAGCGAGAAACUUUGUCUAAGGAACUAGAGCAGCAAGAAAAUAUUUUGAAACAGUGUGUUGAAAGUCUUAAAUUAAUUGAAGCAAGUAGAGCGGCAGUUGUAUCUCAGUUGAAAGAAGCUUUGCAUGAGCAGGAAUCUGAACUGGAGAAUGUUCGAACUCAAAUUCAGUCUCAAACCCUCCAAAUUGAGUAGUUCGCCACAUGGUGGUCUUUCGAGUAGUCCUCCUGUGGGCUCCAUGCCAAAAUCUUUCCCACCUUUUCAGCAUCCAAGUAACCAACUUUUAGAAGAAAACGGUUUCCAACAGCAGAAGUACGUGAAAUAUCAUAAACAAUGCUUGAAUGAUCGAAAGAAACUUGGAAUCGGUUGCAGUGAGGUGAUGAUGUUAUUGUUAAAUAAGCAUUGGAUGCAGCUGAUGAGUUUCAACAGGGACGAAUUCUAUUACCGGCCCACAGAGCCGUUAGGAUGGUGGGCCGGCGGCAUUAUAUUGGGCGGAAGGGAUGAGCUCAGCGGUGGUACAUGGUUGGGCUCCACCAGAGAUGGAAGGGUGGCUUUCCUCACCAAUUUCAGGGAAGUUGAAAGGCUUUCCAAAAUCCUUUUUAUAUAUACAAAAAAGGUGUUUAUUGCAAUUGUUUCCUUGGUUGCAAACUAA